CUUUAUGUUUAUAAAAUGUCAAAUUCUGUUAAAAAAUAAAACAUUACAUUCGCAAGACAUGAAAAAUUAAACAUAUAAUUCUAUAAAUACGUUUGCGAAGAUGCACUUCUUUAUCAAAUUUCAUAUUUUUAUAUUGGUGCUUGCUUGUGGAUUUUCAAUAAGUAAACAAUAUGAUAUGGACGAAGAAGUCGCCAUCGAUGUGCCAAAAGACGAAGAUAUGGAAAUGGAGACAGUAGACGACUCAGAAUCGCUACUCUCUAAUGUGGUAUCUGAUAUGAAUCGUACAUUGUCAAAUCUAUACUUCCAUGUCACUUCUUCGAAUGCAACAGCUGAAAAUAAAACACAGUCAUCGAACGAAACAAAAAAGCUUGUAAAAUGUAAAGAUAUUAUCUACGAACCUGAAGAUUUAGAGCCAUCGGUUGAAAUAAUCAAUGGAAGUGCUUUGGCGAAAUUGCUGCAAUCUAAACCCGAUGUUCCUGGCCGUGAUGUAGAAGCUGACUGUGUUUUAGUACUAUUUUAUGCUAGGGCCUGUCCAUUUAGUGCACAUGCUGCCCCACAUUUCAAUGCCUUAUCAAGAUCAUAUCCUAAUAUUAAAAUGGUUGCUUUGGAUGCUUUAAAACAUUCCGGAAUUAAUGCCCAGUAUGGGAUUGUAGGUGUGCCUACUUUAAAGAUGUUUCACAAUGGUCGACCAGUGGGUAAAUUCAAUGGAACAGAGUACAAUAUACACUUGUUUAGCAAGUUUGUCAAUGCAAUAACUGGACAGAAUCCCCAGGGGUUGUUGGUAAUGUCUAAAGACUUUCAAGGCCCUGUUUCAAGUGUAGUGGAAAAGGAAACUGACUAUUUCCUUAUAUUAUCGUGGUUAUUUAUUGUUGUGUGUUCUAUUUAUUACUUCAUGGAAUCAAAAUGGUGGACAAUGAUUGUGGAAAUGGUGCAGAAUAACUGGAGAGAGUCUGUAGCUCAACACGAACAUAAUGAUUAAAAUUUAUUAUUUUUAAGUGUUUAUUAAAUGGUGUUAGUUUUUUA